AUCACGAUAGGUUGACGUUACUAAGGGGUCCAUAGAAAUUUGACAGCUUCACAGGUGAGACAACCGUCCAGAGGCUGUUUCACUUUACGUUUCUAUUUUCUUUUAUCCCCCGGAACUCCACUCACUGUGAGCCUGGGGUUGUCACAAUCAAAAAGCAGCCUUUCGAAGUCUUAUCACUCCGGCAGCAUGAGCAAAAAGAAAAAGGACUGGAAGACUGAAAAAGAACGACUCCUUCAACUAGAUCGAGAGGAGAGGCGCAAGGAGUAUCGUAAAGGUUUUACACAACUGGAUGACAUUCCAACUUGGAGAGAGGAAAAUAGAUCCAGGACUAAUAAAGAUGAUGAGAAGGAGCUCACAGCUGGAGGAGGCCUCGGUGAUAAAGUAUCUCUCUACAAGGGUGAUAUUACUGUCCUGGAGGUGGAUGCCAUAGUCAAUGCUGCAAACACCAGUCUUCUGGGAGGAGGUGGAGUUGAUGGCUGCAUACACAAAUCGGCAGGGUGCUGUCUGUAUGAUGAGUGUCACUCACUAAACGGCUGUGAAACCGGCAAAGCCAAGAUCACCUGCGGUUAUGAUCUCCCUGCAAGAUGUGAGUAUCAGUAAUUAUU